CUGAAAGCAGCCGCCUUACCCUGGCUGGAGGCGGCGACGGAUCCCAUGCCCCUCUUCACAUCGACGACGCCCCAGCUGCCACCCCCGUGGAGGUGGCUGCCGGACCUCAGCAGGUUCCGGCGGCGGCGCUUGGCUACCGAGCGGAAACACGACGGGUACGCCAGCACUACCAGCCGGUCCCUCGCUCCCUUGCUCGCCGCCACAGCACCCAAGCGGCAGAGCAGGUUGCCCGUGUGUCCGGUAACCCACUAGUUUGAUUCAGAAAUUCUUCUCGAUCGUCGAUUGUUUCCUGCUAGAUAUUUUCACUUUGUGUUUCAAUUUCGUUGUUCUUCAACCUGAGCUCCUCUUUCUCGAUCACGGUACUUUCUUUUUCUUUUUUGGCGUUUUUCUCGGUAGAAAAAAAAAGUUCUAGCAAUGGAAUACAGACAGACAAGUAGUGAUGGUAACAACGCAAGGACCAUGACUUGGUGCAGAUGGGCCUGCUUCUGGUUCCAAUUCUGACUUGUGUCGUUGGUCAGUUACAGUUACCAACAUUAAUCAACAAAGCAAUAUUUUUUGUAUUCAAGUGUGGAUUACUCUUCUUCCUCGUUUGUGCAGGACCAGGUCACCAGUGACGCAGACGCCACUGACCCAGCUAUCUAUUGCUGUUGAGCGUUGAACUCCGCCGACAUCGAGAUAGCGAUUCCAUUCACGCCACAUGUAGCUCUGUGUAUAUAAUAUAACACAGCACAAGAUUUUUGGAAGUUUUAACAACUCUGAUGGUGCAGUUCGAGGAUCAGGGAGACAGGGCAUGCCUGAACAUCACGCAAGAAUGGAGGGAGCAAGAACUUGGCAAAUCAUCACAUGUCCAUUCGCCACGGCCAGCAAACCCAUGAGCAUACUACCUUUACUCCUCGUUGGUAUUCUUCUGAGCACUGAUCAUACCACACAUGUUGCUCCCACCUCUUCCCCACCUGCGGCGCAGAUCGCCAUGGAUGAGCACGCUCUGCUCUCCUUCAGGGCUCUCGUCACCCGCGAUCCUCAUAGGGUGCUCAUCUCAUGGACUGCUGGCAAUGGACGCACUGCUGCCAAUACGACCACCGGCGUCUGCAGCUGGAGAGGCGUGGGUUGCCACUCCCGUCGGCACCCUGACCGUGUCACCUCGCUGGAGCUGUGGUCCUCCAACCUGACCGGUACCAUCUCCCCAUUCCUCUCUAACCUGACAUUCCUCCGCACGCUCAACCUCUCGCACAACUCCUUCUCGGGCAGUAUCCCAUGGGAGCUUGGCUUUCUACCUCACCUCUUGUACCUGGAUCUGCGGCACAACUCCUUUCAAGGCAUGAUCCCAGGCUCCCUUGCUCGUGCCUCCAAGCUCCAGAUAUUGCAGCUGGAGUACAACAGUCUUGUGGGGACGAUCCCGGCCAACCUGAGCAAUCUGCAGGAGCUGGAGGUCUUGGAUGUUGGCUCAAACCAGCUGUCCGGUAGAAUCCCACCGUCACUCGGUUCACUCUCCAAGCUCACAUACCUGGGGUUGUACUUGAACAAUUUAUCAGGAGGCGUUCCGGCAUCUCUCGGUAAUCUCUCAUCGCUUGUGGAUUUAUUUGCAGACACUAACAAGCUCAGUGGCCAAAUACCAGACUCCUUGGGACGGUUGACGAAGCUCAAGUCUCUUGAUUUAGCUUACAACCAGCUGAGUGGCACCAUCCCAGCAAGCCUAUUUAACAUCUCAUCAGUUGCUACGUUUGAAUUGUCCGGCAAUAAUGCUCUUUCAGGUGUCCUCCCUUUUGAUAUAGGUGUCACUCUCCCAAAUCUGCGAAAUCUGAUCCUGAAUGACUGCCAGUUGAGUGGUCGAAUUCCACGCUCCAUAGGGAACGCAUCGCUGCUCAGAUAUGUACAACUUGAUGACAAUGAGCUUGAAGGAACUGUGCCAUUGGAAGUAGGCAAUCUGAGGGAUCUUGAGGUGUUAACACUGGGAAACAAUCAACUGGCUGAUGAAUGGGGAAGUGAUUGGGAGUUGAUGGCCUCACUUUCCAACUGUAGUAAGCUUUUUUCUCUUUCUCUUGAUUCUAACAACUUCCAAGGCGUGUUGCCACCUUCUAUCGUCAAUCUCUCCAACACGAUGCAAAAGCUUCAUCUAGCGCACAACAAAUUCCAUGGAUCAAUUUCUUCAGAUAUUUGGAAACUUUCGAAUCUUGCUAUACUUAGUCUCCGAGGUAACUUCUUAAGUGGUAGCAUACCACCAAGAAUUGGGGACCUUUACAAGUUAGGGGCUUUAGACUUGUCCCAAAACAACAUUUCUGGGGAAAUUCCACCUACGCUGGGUAACCUAACAGGCCUUUCCAUGCUUUACCUCUUCCAGAACAACUUACAGGGAUCUAUACCCACAAGCUUAGGGAACUUGCAAAACAUUGCUAGUUUCGUCUUGUCAUUUAACCAGCUUAAUGGCACAAUACCGGUUGAAGUCAUUAGCCUCUCCUCUUUAACCAGUUAUCUUGGUCUGUCAUACAACUUUCUCUCUGGUCAAAUCCCAUCAGAGGUAGGCAAAUUGACGAAUCUGGUAUUACUGGACCUAUCAGUAAAUAAACUAACUGGAGAUAUUCCAAGGGCAUUAGGCAAAUGCGUCGAGCUUGUACAGCUUCAAUUGAAUGACAACCUUCUUCAAGGUGUCAUUCCACAGUCCUUGAGUGGUUUGCAAGGAAUACAAGAACUAAACUUCGCUGGCAACAACUUAUCUGGCUCUGUUCCGGUAUUUUUUGGUGAUUGGCCAGACCUGGUGUAUCUGAAUAUGUCCUACAAUAAUUUUGAAGGCUCUGUUCCAGUAAAAGGUGUCUUCAGUAAUGCAAGUGCAUUCUUCAUAGAUGGUAAUAAGGUCUGUGGGGGUAUUCCAAGUUUACAGCUGCCCCAAUGUCCCGUGAAAAGUGUGGAGAAGAAGAGACCGAGGAGAGUAGUGCUUAUAGGCAUUGCUGCUGGUGCUAUGUCUCUGCUUAUCAUUCUUCUCAUAUGCGGUCUUCUCAUACAGAUCAUGAGGCAGAGGCAAAAGGUCCCAAAUCUUCCUUUAUCGGAAGAUCAACAUUGGCACGUCUCAUUUGAGGAGAUACAGAAAGCAACGAAUCAGUUCUCCCCAAGUAAUCUCAUAGGCAUGGGAAGCUUUGGGUCAGUUUAUAGAGGAACCCUGAGCCCAGAUGCACAGCAAGUUGCAAUCAAGGUCAUUGAUCUUCGGCAACAUGGAGCUGAGCAGAGUUUCUUGGCUGAGUGCCGUGCCCUGAGGAGCAUUCGGCAUCGGAAUCUUGUCAAGGUGGUCACUGCAUGCUCGAGUAUUGACCACCAGGGUAACGAUUUCAAAGCAUUGGUCUAUGAGUUCAUGCCGAACGGGGACCUUGACAAGUGGCUGCACCGGAAUUUUGCAACACAAGACGAGACACCUAAAACCAGGAGGAGGCUAACCAUGUCCCAGAGGGUGAGCAUUGCGCUCGAUGUCGCUGAGGCUCUUGACUACCUGCACAAUCAUGGUCAGGUGCCCAUUGCCCACUGUGAUCUGAAACCAAGCAAUGUUCUUCUCGAUAAUGAUAUGGUUGCGCACGUGGCGGACUUUGGGCUGGCACGGUUCAUUCGUAAGGCUGUGAGGAACUCAACAGAAGAAAGCAGUACCUCGAUUGGAAUCAAGGGUACCAUUGGAUACAUCCCUCCAGAGUACGGAAUGGAUGGCAAUGUUUCCAGCCAAGGUGAUGUAUACUGCUACGGGGUUCUUCUGCUCGAGUUGUUCACUGGAAAGCGACCUACAGAUGGUUCAUUCCAGGGAGGCCAAACUCUCCAAAGCUAUGUUGCAGCCUGCUAUCCUGACAAGAUAAUGGAGAUAGUUGACCCAACUCUACUGCCUCUGCAGAACGGAUGUUUGAGCAAAGGGGACAUUUCUAGCGACGAUCUUGAUGCUGAGAAGCUGCAAGAGUGCAUGGCACCGAUCUUUCAAGUUGGUUUGCAAUGCUCCCAGGAAUCCUCCAGAGCAAGAAUGAAUAUCAGGAGUGCCAUCAGAGAACUUGAGGCGGUCAGGGAUGUCCUGCUGGUUUGCUGAAUGACUUAGGAGACUGGCUGGAGUGUUUCAGCAACGUAAACACACACAAAAUGACAAAAAAAUUGACUGUAUGAAUCAGUUUUUUUUUGGUAUGUAUGUGUUAGUUUGAUUGUUGCAUAUGAAAGUCUACACAAAUACUGAAGAUUACAAAUGGAUCAGGUUUCAGACAA